ACUACUGUUAGAUUAAUACUUUCUCUCGCUCUUCUCUCUCUCUUUCUCCCCUCUCCUCUCUUGGCUUCAUCACAGACAGAUAUAAUCACCAGAAGAAGGAGCGACGAUUAUUCUGAAGACUACUGUUAGAUUAAUAUCCGACCGAUCUCUCAGGUUCAUGACAGGGAGAUACUGAAUAAUCAAUCGAGAGCAGAAAAGAAGAAGAAGAGCGGGAGAUACUGAAUUAAGGAAGAGGAUCGAAGAGGAAGCAUGCAUACGAGGAACCAUUGGGGAGGAUCGUUCGAGAUAAGUAACGACAUUAAUGGAGGAGGAGGAUCUGGAGGAUUGUACAAUUCGGGACCGUCGGAUCAGUAUGAGACGACGAUGGAGUGGGAGGACAAAGGAGCGGCGUCGAGGCGGCACCAUCUGCAGAAUCAUCAAGAUCUGGAUGAGAUGCAGCAGAGCUGGCUGUUAGGGCCGGAGGAUCCGAAGAAGAAGAAGAAGGAGUACGUGGAUUUAGGAUGCAUCGUGUGUAAGAGGAAGCUUUUGAAAUGGAGUAUCGCUUCGAUUCUGAUCGCCUUCGUCGUCAUCGGUCUUCCUGUCAUCAUCGCUGAGUCGUUGCCCAAGCACAAGGCCAAACCCGUACCGCCUGAUAAUUACACCCUUGCCCUCCACAAGGCGCUUCUCUUCUUCAACGCUCAAAAAUCUGGGAGAUUACCAAAGAGCAAUGGAAUACCAUGGAGGAUGAACUCAGGGCUGGAAGACGGAAGCGACGUUCCGGAGCUGAAAGGAGGAAUGGUUGGAGGCUACUACGACGCUGGGGACAACAUCAAGUUCCACUUUCCCAUGGCUUUCUCGAUGACCAUGCUGAGUUGGAGUGUGAUUGAGUAUAGUCAAAAAUACCAAGCCAUUAAUGAAUACUCUCAUGCUCGAGAACUCAUCAAGUGGGGUGCUGAUUACCUCCUCUCAACCUUCAAUUCUUCUGCCCCCAGAAUCGACAGGAUCGCUGCCCAGGUUGGUGUAGCCAAGAUAAAUGGAACAGAACCUGACGACCACUACUGCUGGCAGAGACCAGAAGACAUGGACUAUCCUCGUCCAACCCAAAUGAUAACCGCCGGCCCGGAACUCGCUGGCGAAAUGGCGGCGGCAUUAGCAGCAGCAUCCAUAGUGUUCCGAGACAACACUUCCUAUUCUCAAACCCUCGUCAAGAACGCCGAGAAACUCUACGUCUUCGCACGAGACGCUGGCAAAAGAUCCUCAUACAGUAAUGGGAAUGAAUACAUCGAAAACUUUUACAACUCUACAGGCUACUUUGACGAGUACAUGUGGAGUGGUACAUGGUUGUUCUAUGUGACAGGAAAUUCUUCAUAUCUUACUUUGGCAACGCAUCCUUCAGUGGCCAGGCAUUCGAAGGCAUUGUUCAUGGUUCGAGAUUUGAUUGUUACCAGCUGGGACAACAAGUUACCUGCAGCCAUGAUGUUGUUGACGAGGCUAAGGAUAUUUCUGAAUCCUGGGUAUCCUUACGAGCAAAUGUUGGACAUGUACCACAAUAUCACUGGUCUUACCAUGUGCUCUUAUCUUCAUCAGUUCAACGUCUUCAACUUUACUAAAGGAGGAUUGAUCCAGUUGAACCAUGGAGAGCCACAAUCUCUGCAAUAUGCUGCAAAUGCUGCUUUCUUGGCUUCACUAUUUGCAGACUACAAUGACGCCGCAAGAAUCCCUGGAUGGUACUGUGGCUCUACCUUUUUAAGAAACAUCGUUCUCAAGGAUUUUGCUGCCUCUCAGCUUGAUUACAUAUUGGGUAAAAAUCCCAUGAAGAUGAGCUACGUGGUGGGAUUCGGAAAUAAAUAUCCAAAACACGUGCAUCACAGAGGAGCAUCCAUACCACAUGACCAUAAGCGCUAUUCAUGCACAGGAGGCUGGAAGUGGCGCGACACUUCGCACGCCAAUCCAAACAUCAUCAACGGAGCCAUGGUCGGAGGACCCGAUAAGUUUGAUCGUUUUCAUGAUGUGAGGAAAAAUUAUAGCUACACUGAGCCUACUCUUGCAGGAAAUGCUGGCCUCGUUGCUGCUUUGGCUUCCUUGACGGUAACCAACGCAACUGAUAAUAGCGUUGAUAAGAACACUAUGUUCUCCGGUGUUCCGCCCCUGGGACCGCCCAGUCCGCCUCCCCCGGCUCCUUGGAAGCCUUGAGGUUUGAAGAAGCUUGAGUUGAGCGUGGAGAGCUGCUUUUGCGUUUUCACUUUGGGCUUGAGACAAUAUGUUUCUACUCAAUCUCUUGCAUAUUCUUUUUCUAUGAUUGAGUUAUCAAUGUAUCAUAUGUAUGCCAAUGUAGUUUCUUUUUCUUCCUUCUCUGUAACAAGCAAAGUUUGCAUCUGAGUCAAAUAUUUAAUUUUUUUUAAAAAAUAAAAUUUGAUUGAGUACAAUUACUUGAAAAA